CGGGGAUCGGGUUCUGCUGGAGCGCUUCUUCCGUGACAGUUGUGAGGCGGUGGUGUGGUAUUGGGCUGUGUGUCAGUGUGCGUCGUAUGCCGUGCGCAAUCGCCUGAAGACCAGUUUUGGCGGGCCUUCUCAGACUCUGAUUGCCUUGGAAACGGGCUUUUCUGCCAUGGUGAAGGGCCCUGUUGGCGCUGGCAGAGAUGGUCUGACGCACACCCAACGCCUGGCUAUCAGCACAGUGUUCGUGGAAGUGCUGGAGAAGCACGUGUUAACGGCCGUAUUUGGCUCUGGUGGACUGGGCUCGCCCGAGAAGAGCGUCGCUGUGUUCUACGCAGCCAACUCGAAG